CCUUGAAGCGAGCAUUUAAGACACAGGAAAAUGAAGACGUCGUGGACAGCUUUGGUCGUGGUGGGCGCUAUUGCGCUCGUGGACCCCGUGGACGCAUCGUGCAAGUCUUCGUGCCAAUCACAGCUCGUGCACUACCGCGAGGAGGCGUGUCAGAAGUGGCGUGAGAGACUGCCACGUCCAGAUCUAUUCAACCACUGCGGUCAGGGCUUUAACAAGGGCAAGACGGCGGGAUGUGAAGGAUUCUGCAAGGAGGGUCCUGAUAUGGGAGUCAUGAAGUCGCUGCGAUUAGAUGCCUGCACUUCGCUAAAGGGUCUGCCGCCCAUUGAGCGUCAGCAGGCGUGCCAGGCUGGCUUCUCGGCUGCCUUGGACCUAGCGAAAGACGCAGCUGACCCUGCAGCAGACAAGGAGACAGCGAAAACCGCCGAUACGGGUAGCCAAGCCACAGCGACGGAUGCUGGAACGGGAGCUAAGCCUGAAGAGACUGGCGACACGAAGAGAAAGGUCAACGUCAAGAAUAUCAUCCCCGAAACAGACCGCAGGAACAUGCUGGAGGACGCCCGCAAAGAGGCUGUGGAAGCCUUUGCGAACGUACAAAAUAAGGGGGAGCUCUAAGUGUAGUUACCACGUCUCGAUAUCAAAAAGAUAUCUCAGAAGAAGCGCUCAAUUCUUCCUUUCAUAAUUAAAAAAAGCAUUUUCGGCCAA